AUGGUAAGGAUAAGGGGUGAUGAGCUAGAGGAGGCAACCUCCUCAAGAUUGGAUAGAAUGGAACAAAUGAUGCAAGAUAUGGCUGAAGCCAUAAGGCAACAACAACAGUGGCAACAUCAACAACAACCACCACCCCCACCUCCAAUGCUUGUGCCACCUCCAUCUCCAGGGUGCCAGCCGGAGAGUUGUAAUAUUGCUUUGACUAGAGAAUUUAAAAAGAUGAAGCCACCACUAUUUCAUGGCAGAAUUGAACCGUUAAAGGCCGAAGCUUGGGUCUUAGGAAUUGAAAAAUUGUUUGAAGUGUUCCCAUGUACCGAAGCUCAGAAGGUACAACUAGCUACAUUCACAUUAGAAGAUGAUGCAAGACAUGGGUGGAUGUUGGUUCGAGAUGAGAACCGAGACGUUACUUGGGCCCGUUUCCUAGAAAUAUUUUAUGUGAAAUACUUUCCACAAUGUGUGCGGGACAGAAAGGCAACUGAAUUCAUAGAACUCAGGCAAGGAAAUAAAUUAAUUGCUGAAUAUGAGGCUCAGUUUACAGAGUUAGCUCGCUUUACAUCCCACAUGGUAGAUAUAGAUUAUAAAAAGGCCAGACAGUUUGAGGGAGGUUUGCUUGAUCCAAUUUUGGAUAAAAUCAAUGUGCUCAAAUUGCCGACAUACGUGGAUGUACUUGAUAGGGCACUAAUAGCGGAGAGAAAUGUGGCCAAUCGGAAUACUCAAAAUGCUGAGGCAGUAGUGUCAGGUACAAUCUCCAUUUGUGAUAAACCUGUUGAUGCUUUAAUUGAUUCCGGGUCUACACAUUCGUUUAUUUCUAUGGUUUUUGCUGAAACUUUGAAUAGACCUAUGGAAACAUUGAACUAUAUGCUAUGUGUUGCAUCACCUAUGGAGGGAUCCAUACUAUGUUCAACUGUAUUUGUUGCAUGUGAAUUAUUUCUCAGGAAUGCUGUUUUGUUUGCCGAUUUGAUACCUUUAGACAUGAGACAUUUUGAUGUGGUUUUGGGUAUAGAUUGGCUAGCUAAAUACUAUGCAACUAUUGAUUGUGCUUUGAAACGAGAAAUAUUCCGACCUCCCAGACAAGAUGAAUUUUAUUUUGAAGGGAAAGGAGUAGUUCCUCCACUGUACCUCAUAUUUUCCAUGAAAGCCCGAAAACUAAUAAAUAAGGGUUGUCAGGGGUAUUUGUGUAGUGUGGUAACUGAACCAACUAUAGACAUUACUAAAGACAAUAUACCAGUGGUGAGAGACUUUCCUGAUGUGUUUCUAGAUGAAUUACCUGGCCAACUUGUUGAUAGAGAGAUUGAAUUUACAACUGAUGUAAUAUUAGGAACUCAACCAAUUUCUAAAACUCCCUAUCGCAUGUCUACUACUGAAAUGAAAGAAUUGAAAACUCAGUUGCAAGAAUUGCUUGAUAAAGGGUUUAUCAGACCAAGUACUUUACCAUGGGGCGCACCGGUACUUUUUAUGAAAAAGAAAGACGGCACUCUUCGACUAUGCAUUGAUUACCGAGAGCUCAACAAGAAGGAGUUGAACAUGCGUCAAAGGCGAUGGCUUGAAUUAAUCAAAGAUUAUGAUUUGCAGAUUCACUAUCACCCGAGCAAAGCCAAUAUUGUGGCAGAUGCACUUAGCAGAAAGAAUAUGGGGAACAUUGCCUGUUUACUCACCGAUCAGAGAGAACUGCUACUGGAGUUUAAAAAACUUGAAAUUGAAGUGAUUCCUUAUGAACAAGAUAGCUUGAUAGCCGCGAUGUCUUCCUAA